CAGAAUGGCAGGGUUAGCAUUGAAGCAACCUUCCAACCAUAAACCUGCAUCCAUCACUCCUCACAUUCCCACUCUCUUGCCCAAAACAAGCAGCUUUUCUCACUCAAAGAGGUCCAUAUGCAUAUCUCAUACACACGACACAACCAAUGAACCUUUUUAUGAGCCCACCUCUUGUCUUGCACAAACCCCAAGCCAGAUCCGUAUAUCAUGCUGCUUUGCCUCUUCAUGUCCACACUGGAAGCCACAGUCCACUCUGCUUCCCUCCCUAAAACAAAUCAUCUCCCGCUGUCUCUGCACGUUGCGUCAGAUCUCUAGCUCGUGUCAACUCUGAACGCCCAUGCUACAUGUUGUUUGACCUUGCAAAGUGGAGCAGGAGCAGGGGGGGGGGGGCAUGAAGUUGAUCCGCAGGGGCAAGCGUUCAAGGGCGAAGAAGGGCUCGUCAGCUCCGUUGCAAUCUACCGGAGAUGUUGAUGGUGGAAGCGGGGGUGGCUCCAAUAGCAGGCAAGUGGCGCCUGAGAACGUCCUCCCGGCUGAAUCGACUACAGUCGCUGGCUAUGCUAGCAGCAGAGAUGAAGCUUUCUACGAAGCCUCUCCAUGGUUAGACUCGGACUGUGAAGACGAUUUCUUCAGUGUAAAUGGAGAUGGUACACCCGCGAGAACAUUCAGCACAACUGCAAGCAACCAGGCCACAGCUGCUGCAUUUGAACCUCAGACAAAGCUGCCCACGCUGGAGGCGAUCCUCAAAUCCGAUCCCCUGAAGCCAACCCCACAGAGGAAGAAGCUCGGUGACCUCCUCAAGGAGAAGCAAGAAAGCGCCGAUGGCGCCGGCCACAUCUCCAAGGCUCGCGGCGGAGGCGGAGCUGGGCGGUGCUGCAUCCCUCAGUUGUCGCGGGUCAUCAGCCACAGGGAGAGGAGAAAUUAAGGGCAAGUGACAAGGCAAGACCGGGGAUGAUGGCAAGUCGAUCGGGGUUUGUUGAAACUGAUCAGUUUCCGUCAGUUAAAUUCCUGUCGGCGUGUACAAUUUCAGAUUGCCUUAUGGAACAGUCGCAGCAAACAAUUUAGCCAUCCAAAUGUAUAUACACAAGCGUGCCACAUGCAGUACAAGAGCAACCAGUUCUAGAUGUGGGUUUCUAUACUACUAUAUGAUCUGUUGGCUGUUUAAGUUGGAAUGAAGUGUACCUCUGCUAAUAACAUUUCUGUCAGAUGAUUUAUUCCGAUAC